GGUCCGCAGUGCCAGAAGGUGUUAUCGAGUGAAAGGGAGAAGGAGAUUAACGGCAGUCCUCCGACAGCAGCGUCACUGAGUCAACGAGAAGUGAUCGAACCUUGUGUAACACUAACUCCAGAAAAAAAAGGAAAAAAAAACAAACGCCAAUAUGAGACUGGCUUUGCUGUGCGCACUUCUGCUCAUUGGAGCUGCUGUGAAGGGAGCCCCCAAGGAUGAGGAGGAAGAACAGCAACAGCUGGAAACGGAGACAAAAGAUCCUGAAGGUCGAGCCAUUCUCAUACCGCCAUCUCUAGAGCUCCUGACACGUCAAGAGGGGUCGCUAGGUGCAGUGGAAAGGAACAGCGAAAUCUGUGGAAUCCGACGCAACGCAGUACCGGAUGCCAUCAUCAGAAUUGUUGGGGGAACUCCGGCAGAGGACCAUGAAUUCCCUUGGCAAGUGUCUCUGCAGUGGCGCUAUAAUUGGUAUACAUACCAUUUGUGCGGCGCCACCGUCAUCGACCAGAACUGGGUGGUAACAGCAGCUCAUUGCACCCACCAGUUCACCGCUAAGGACCUCAUUGUCGUGGCUGGAGACCACACCCUCAAGCAGAAAGAAGGAUCGGAGCAGACCCGUUACAUCGAGCGCAUCAUCGAGCACGAGAACUACAACGCCAACACCCAGGAGAACGACAUCGCCCUCAUCAAACUGACUGUUCCUUUGACGCUGGAUGGCAUGACAGUCUCUCCUGUGUGCUUGCCCCCACCCUUGAAGAACUUUUCUGGGGAAUGUGUGGUGACCGGUUGGGGAAAAGUUACUGAAGGCGGAAGCUCUUCAGACGUGCUGCAGAAGGUGAUCGUGCCCGUCAUCUCGGACCAGAAGUGCCGAAGCAGCUAUCGAGCCAUCGGCUACACGGGACCUAUCGUCGAUUCCAUGAUCUGCGCUGGAUACGAAUACGGAAACAAGGACGCGUGUCAGGGAGACUCAGGCGGUCCUUUUGUCUGCAGAGGCUCUGAUAACAGAUACUACCUGGGUGGCAUCGUAUCCUGGGGAAUAGGCUGUGCCAGACCUAAUGUCCCUGGAGUCUACACAGAGGUCAGUCGAUACGUACAGUGGAUAAACAAAGUUGUCCAUGGAUUAGUAGAUCUGCCCUCCCGGCCAGCAAGUGUCAGAGUAACAACUCUGGAUCAGCUGGAAGAGUUGCACGAAGAUUAGAGUUCCACUCGCGCUUCCUCUCAAGUGAUGGGACACCGCUCUGGGAGCGCCGUUGUAGAGCUUUCUUUUUUGCGUUCCUUCUUAAGUCUUAAUUAUACUGUUCACUUUAAGUUAAUUUAUUCAAGUUUUAAAAGCUAUUCCAACGCCAUAGUUGGAUUUGUAGAGCAUUUACGUUCAUUUUAAAAUGAAGUGCCAAUAUUUAUUAUUAUGAUUAUAUAUAUGAGACGUUGCAUAAUGAGAUAUAUCACUCCUUAAAAUUGGUCUCGUUACGUUAAUCACUAGGAUAACAUGAAGCUCCUUCCAUGUUGAGUUAUGUAACCCUGUUAGUGUUAAGUAAUGUUAGCAGCCUCAGAUAAGGUUGCGCCAUAUAAUUUUUGUUGUAGUACAAUGGUUGUUAUUUAUAAUUUUAUUAUACGUUAAUAAAGCACUGUAUGGUGGCGAA